ACUUUGUCCACUCUUAUUAGCCGUAACCUGAUCAGGAAGUUGUGGACUUAUUAUAACCAGUUUGAUUAGCUGAUGGUCUCGUGAAUAAAUUUUGUCGUCAACUUUUUUCUUUCUUUUUUUUCUUUUUUUAGCUGGGUUUGUUUUGUUGCAUUUCGCAUCUGUCGAAUCAUAGAUUCUUUCUUGCCUUUCUUACCUCUGUGGUACAUCUAUUCUUCAUUCUUUAUCCCAGCGUCGGAAUUCUUUUAGAGCUGCUAAUUGUAUAGACUUGCCCUCUCCAUUAUCGCGCGUGCUGCGUAUAUCUCCUACAUCGCCUACAUCGCUCGAACGAUGGGUCAACCGUCGUUUGAGGCAUCUAAUGCCAUCAUAUAUGUCACCUAUGGAGUGUUCCUGCUAUUGGGAACAGGCUUGGCCUGGAAAAUGAGAAAUCAGUCUAAGGCCGAGUUUCUCGCUGGAAAUAGAACUCAAACUGGUCAGGAGUCCAAGUGAGAGCUAAAUGAGCCGACUUUUUAGUCUUUUCUCAUUGCUCUUAUAGAAACCCUCCGUCCCCUCUUCAAGACUUAUACUAACACUCGCCUCAGCCUUCCCCUUGGCGCUUAACUUCAUUGCUGCCGGUGAGUAGGGCAAUUGCCAUUGGUGCACCAUUGGCGCUUAAGCGAAUCGUGCCCUCUCCAUCAGGGGAUCAUGAGCGGUAGCACCUGUGCAACAAUAGAAUCGAACAAAGUAGCGUACAAACAAGAUGGUAGAUCAGGCCUUGAGUGGCAUAUUAUUACAACAAGACAUAGAGUAAGGCUUG